AUGGUGUUUGCGUCAAAAUUCUCACCCAUCAAAUUCACGGAAGUGGCGGCGCACGAGCGCGUCCUCGCGGCCAUUCGCCAACACGUCACCGCCAACAACGACGCCGUCAUUUUUAUCGACGCCGAGACGACGACGAAAAAACGAUUGUAUCGCGAAAUCGAGCCGGCUGUUGACAGCAUCGCGACGGCGCUUGUCAAAAUAGGCUUCAAAUCCGGCGAUGUCGCCGCUCAGGUGAUGCCCAAUUGUCCCGAGUUCCUCAUUUGCCUUCUCGCCGUUCAAAAAUGCGGCGGCGCCAUGUCGAACGCGAGCGCGAUCUUCACCGAUUACGAGCUCCAAUUGCAAUUUCGCGAUUCGGGCUGCUCGAUCGUGUUCACCGACGAGGAUCGCCUCGCGCGCGUCCGUCGCACACUCGACAAAUGUCCCGGCGUUCAGAAGAUCAUCUGCUUUCGCACGUUUCCGCUCAAAACCGAAUUUCCGGCAAACGUUCUCGAUUACGCCGAACUUCUGAAGACGCCGCCGGAGGCGAUCAACAUCACCUAUGAGCCCGACUCGAUUGCACUUUUGCCGUACUCAUCUGGAACCACCGGACGACCCAAAGGCGUCAUAUUGACGCAUAGGAAUAUCACAGCGAUGCUCGAUAUUGCCGUCAACCAUUUGGAGACUGAAGUCGGAAAAGCGAUAUUCGGCAAUGAGAAGCCGGCGUGGAAUAAGGAGCACGUGCUGCUCAUGCUCCCUUGGUAUCACGCGUUCGGUUUGAACUGUAUGCUGGAAUCGGUGAUUCUUGGCAUGACCGGAUUGGUGUUCAAGAAGUUCGACUCGAUCACAAUGAUGAAUCGCAUCAAGUUCUUCAAGGUGAAGUUGGCCUACAUGGUGCCGCCGAUGCUGAUAUUUUUGUCGAAGGACUCGAUGGUGCCGAUAUUCAAAAUCGAUCAGCACAUCAAGGUGAUACUGUCGGCGGGCGCCACCGCCGGCAAGCAGCUCUGCGAAGAGGUGCAGAAGCGGUUUCCGAACGCGUGGCUGUGUCAGGCGUACGGUAUGACCGAGAUGGUCCAGUUCACCACACUGCCGCGCUUCGAGGACGGCGCUUGCCUCGAGACGGUCGGUAGCCUCGGACCCGGCUACGAGCUCAAGAUUCUCGACAAGUACGGCAAAGAGGUGACCAAGACGAACACCAUCGGCGAGUUGUGCUUCCGCGGUCCCACUGUGAUGAAGGGCUACUUUGGAAUGAAGACGAAUGAGAUUAUCGAUGCCGACGGCUUCAUUCAUUCCGGCGAUCUUGGCCUCAUCGAUGACAGGGGUCGCAUCAAGGUGACGGGACGAAUCAAGGAGCUGAUCAAGGUCAAUGGAAUGCAGGUGCCGCCCGUCGAGAUUGAGGACGUCCUUCUGCUUCAUCCGAAGGUGAAAGAUUGCGCCGUCGUCGGCGUUCCCGACGAGGCUCACGGCGAAGCGCCGAAGGCGUUCAUCGUCAAAAAGGAUCACACGCUGUCGGAGGCCGAGCUCACCGCGUUCGUUCAACAGAAGCUCUCGUCGUACAAAUGGAUCACCGGCGGCUACGAGUUUGUCGAGUCGAUACCGAAAUUGCCGUCGGGAAAAAUUUGCCGCCGCAAAUUGAGUCAGGUUGACGUCACCGAAAAAACGGACACGUCGACGUCGAAUUCGGAGAGAGGCGAGCCGGAGAAGAAAUGA